AAAUACAACUCCUAUCUUAGCAAACCAAAAUUACCACAAUGAGCUUUCCCAAACUACCGGCACAACAAUUCCUUCUUUCUCAAAGUCACGAUUCUGUGCACCUAUCAAUACUAAAUCUCCGCCACAGCCACCGGAACCGCCUCUGCUACAACCAUCGGAACUACAACACCGCCACCGCCUCUGCCAAAAACACAACCGCUACGGCUCCGCCAUUUUUUUUAGUCAUUUUGUUUUCAAUGGAAGCAUAUGGAAAGCGAGGUCAUACAUAUCUGCGUGUAUUUUUUCGAUAGUCCGAAUCAGAGCUCCAAGAACAGAACGUAAAUGGCAGCUCCUUCAUCUUCAUCAUUGUUAUCCAAGGCAGGACCGGCCUUGCGCCGUCAAGUAGUCAAUUUGACAGCUGCUGCCGCUGAUAGAAUACGCCAGCUCCUCCAGCAGCGACAACGCUCUUAUCUUCGUCUCGGCGUCAAGGCUCGCGGCUGCAAUGGCUUGUCCUACACCCUGAAUUAUGCUGAUGAAAAAGGGAAAUUUGAUGAGUUGGUUGAAGAUAAAGGUGUGAAAAUAUUGAUUGAACCUAAGGCUCUGAUGCAUGUUGUUGGAACAAAAAUGGAUUUUGUUGACGAUAAACUUAGAUCCGAGUUCAUUUUUAUUAAUCCAAACUCAAAAGGGCAGUGUGGUUGUGGAGAAUCCUUUAUGACAACAAGCAAGGCAGAAGCUUCAAAGCGUGGUAGCAGUUGAGCAUUGUAAUCCAAUUUUACAUCUAGGAGUUAUAAGCUUCUAGGUUACUUGGAAAUUUAAGGACACUUCAACAAGUGGAAAAUAUUGAAUUAGGAUAUCUGAAUGACGUAUCAAUGUGAUAAGUCCAAGCAGUAUUUAUCUAUCAAAAGUUUAUCUUCUAACCAGAUAGAAUGAUUCAUUUUAUUAUACAAAGUAUCAUUAUGUUGCACAAAAUUUCAUAUGUAACAACAUUUUUACCCAUAUCAUUAUUUGAUGUAAAUAUUAACAUAUACUUUCAUAUAUUAAUAAAACUAUUGUGCUUGUUUUUGGUGCCAUAGGGCAAAAAUAAA